CGUCACACUUCCAUGAGGCAACUAUGGCGGCGGCGCUCGAAAGAAGCUUCAUUGAAAUCUGUGGAUUUGAGAGGGAAACCGUUCAGAGGUUCCGCGAAGUCCACAUUAAGCCUGCGUCAACACCUGCUCCCGGAGCUCUCAAGUUUCCAGACACAGCUGGAGCUUUUCACUAUGAAGACGGAGGGAAAGCGCACUCAGUCACCAGCAACAGAUUCAUCUCUUGGUCCACAUCAGGUGACACUGUGGAACUGCUGGAGCAAUCUCUGGACAUCAACCUUCUUAACAGCGCCAUCAGGCUGCGCUUCACUCACUGCAAUGUGGUGCCAGGGGGUGUCACCAUCCUGGAGACCCUCAACAACGUAGUCAUACUCAUAACCACCAAUCGGAGUGUUCACCGAAUGCUGCUGCCCCAUCCGAAGCGCAUGUAUCGCAGUGAGCUGGUGACAGAGCUUCACAUGCAGUCCAUCUUCACUGACCUAGCCAAGCUGAACCUGCAAGAUGGUUGUCAUAGUGCCCCCAUCCCAAGCGCGCUGACCCCUGCUGGCUGCGUGGGCGCCGCCACAGCAUGGCUCACACACCAGGGAGAUGCUAACUAUGCUUUAGCGUCACCCUCUGGCGGCAUCAUGGUUGUCACGCUUCCCGCUCCCGCUGUGCAAGGUACAGGUGGCGUGACCGUAGUAGAGCUGAAGAGGAGUUCCAUGAAGCAGCGCUUGUCCGUUUGGAUGCCGAGCGUCAUUUGGGGCGAGAACACUCCAGACGACUUAGUGGUCAGUCUGGCGGUCAGAGAGCUGGAAGACGACUCCAUCAUCUUUGCACUAUGUCAGGAUCACAAGCUGCGCAUUUGGUCUGUCAGGGAUCAGGCGUGUCUGCUGGAGGCGGACAUUUUUGACUACAUGCCGGCCUUAAAGGGGGGCAAGCGACUGGCCAGUGUGGGCCACCGGUUGCGGCUGACCUCGUGCGCUGCUUCUGGCCUGUGUCUGGCUAUCUACGUUGCAGCGCCCGACAGAGGGCAGUUCAUCGUUCUGCAAGUUCUUGCCACCGACAACAACCGCUGCAGCCUGGACCACAUCUCCUCGCUCUUCUCCACUCAGGAGACGCUGGUGGACUUCACUCUGACCUCCACUGACAUUUGGGCUCUGUGGCUGGACGACUUCAACUGCGGCGUCAUCAGAUACGUCAACUAUGAGCAUAACACAGCAGGCCAGUGGAAUCAGGUGUUUGUUCAACCUCCCCCAGAAGAUGAAGUCUAUGUUGGAGUGGACCAGGAUCCCAGGGAGACCUACUUAGACAUGCUCUUCUCUCCUCUUGGCUUCACGGCAGCAGCCAUCUUCAAAGCUCUACAGAUCUUCCGGCGAGGCUCGGACACCAUUGCCGACUUGUCAUGGGAGGGUCUAAAGAAGGAAGUGACAUUGGCCGUGGAGAGUGAGCUACAGAGUAGCGUGACAGAGUUUGAGUUUUCCCAUGAGGAAUACCGACAGCUCCAGGUGGAAUUUUGGUCCAAGUUCUACGCUUGCUGCCUACAGUACCAGGAGGUUCUGUCCACGCCGCUGGCUCUGAGUGUCAGUCCACACAGUCACAUGGUCUGCCUCCUGAAGAAGGGGUUUGUUUCCUUCUUGCUUCCAUGUUCUGCUGUUGACCACCUCUACCUGUCUUCUGACGACUACUUUCUCUCAGACGAUGACACGCUUUUCACUGAAGAGGCUGAAGUGGGGCGAGAUGUUAUGACGCUGGUUGCGUGUCUGCGGCUGCUAAGCGACCACGUGUCAGCAGAUAUGACAUACGAGAUGGAGAAAGCUCUGGAACAGGCCAGGUCACCUGAGAGAACAGCCGAGAGCAUCCUUGAGAACCUAUUGUCUCAUGACAAUAAAAAUGUGAAGGAGGACAUUCAGAACAAACUGCAGGACAUACGCAACCCCAUGGCAGCCAUGUUGGUUCUGCUGAGGGAGCUGGACUUGGAGACCGACCUUGACUUUGGAGAUGUUCCACUCUUGCCUGGUCAGACCGUGAGCAUGCGCCUCAGCCUGUCUCAGCUCUAUGGCAGCACCACCGCUGUCUCACUUGUCUGCCAGGCCCUCAGUCACAUGACUAUGACACGGGCACGCCUUUGUCGUGACUUUCUCCUCCUCCUUAAAUUCUGCCUAUGCCUUGGAGACCACGCGCUAGCAGGUGGGGGUGCGCAAAUCCUUCAGAUCCAGCAGGAAGUGAUCCCACGUGCAUCCCACCUCCUGUCCUCGUACUUCCUGCUCAAGCACGUCAGUCAAAGUUUAAGCUGUCCUGUUGCCGAUGACACCCUAGACGCUAACCUGCAACACCUGACGGUCUUGGACUUGUCCGACUCACCGUGUCUGGCCUCCAAGUCGACGGCACUCAGUCCUCAGACGCUAGUGGAGCUUUUCUACCAGACAGCCGCCCGCAAGAAGAUUCUAUCCCAGAUCUUCGCCCAGAGCCACGACCCAUCAGCAAGCGACCCAGUCCUCAUGUGGACCGAUAUGAUGUCAAAUGUGGUCCAGCUGCUUGCUCAGCUGCUCUGGCCCAGUAAUCCCAGUUUCCACUUCCCAGAAUGCCUCAUGGCCAACUGUCAGUACACACAGUUGCAGGAGUACGUGCGUCUGGUUGGUCCUUGGUGUCAGGUGAACAUCGGGUCCUGUCGCUUCAUGUUAGCUCAGUGCUACUUGGCUAACGGCGAGGGUCACAAGGCCUUGCGGUGUUUCCAAGAGGCCGAGGCUGAGGUGGAGAAGGAGGAGUUUCUCAUCAAACUGACAGGCAGUGACGGCGAUGAAGUCGCUUCCACACCCAUUCUGCACUACUACAACAAGGUACUUUGUCUUCUGGAGGAUGUGGGUCUACCGGAGCUGGUGAUUGAAUUGGCGAUGUCGGCGCUCCCUGAGGCGAUCAGUGAUGUCAGCAGUCAGGCCGCCUUGUGGACGCGGAUUUUCAAACACCAUUUGGACCUGGGACACAACAGUGAAGCUUACGAGGCGUUGGUCCAGAAUCCAGACUCUAGCAUGCAGCUGGACUGUCUGCGUCAGCUGGUGGUGGUCCUGUGUGAACGGGCCCAGCUUCAUGAUCUGGUCCACUUCUCCUACGGCAACCUGCAUGAUGAGGUGGUGUCCAUUAUGGAGUCUCGGGCGCGAGGUUUGGACCUACUGAGCCACAACUACUACGAGCUGCUCUACGCCUUCCACGUCAACAGACACAACUACAGGAAAGCGGGCUCGGCCAUGUUGGAGCUGGGAAUGCGUUUGGGUCGUGAGGUUCCGUCUGUGGUGGGCCUCAGGAAGCAGGUCAACUGUUUCCUGGCCGCCAUCAACUGCCUGCGCCUCAUUCGGCCGCAGUAUGCCUGGCUGCUGCAGCCCGCCUGGGCGCCACUGGGAGAUCGUCCAGGAGCGUCGCCCAAGCGCAACUCUGAUGGAGACUUUGUGUCGCAGCCAGUCAAACGUCAGGUGGACAUCCUGGAGAUCAAAGAUGUGGAGAAGGAGUACGCGUUAGCCCGAUGUCGCCUCACGCUGGCAGAGCACCACCCGCCGUCAGCUGCCAUUGCCGGCACGGCGUCCGCGGCCGAGUUGGUGCGCCUCCUGCUGGACUGUGGCCUGUUUACAUGUGCCCUGCGCCUGUGCCAUACCUUCAAUGUGCCACUCAGUUCGUUGUUCGAAGCACUGACCUUCAGGUGCAUCAAGCUGCAGUUCGGGGGAGAGGAGUCUCAGAACGAGGCGUGGCUGUGGUUGUCGGCCAAUCAGCUAUCCUCUGUGGUUAACACCAAAGAGUCAAGCGCCGCAGACGAAGCAUGGCGUCUGUUGGCCUCAUUUCUUGAGCGUUUUCCCUCCGCCAACGGCAUCCAUCAUCGCUGCGUCCUCACCAAGCUGCUGUCGCAUGGUGUGCCUCCACCCGAUUGGCUCGUAAAGUCCUUCAAGGAAAUGGAUGCAGCAAGUUUGCUUCGUCUCUACCUGAACUUUGACCUGCUUGAUGCCGCUGCAGAGCUGGUGAUAGAGUAUGUGGAUGCUGUACUGGGCAAGGGACACUACUAUUUUGGCAUCAAGGCGCCGCUGUCAGCAACUGCACCGUGCGUGUGGCUGCCGUACACGUCCAUUGACCAGCUGAUGGUGGCUCUAAAAGAGACGCAGACCACUGCCAAAGUUUACAACAAACUUCGAGACAAACUUGAUGAUUACCACAAGUUGGUGGAACAGACGACAAAAAUGAGACUUGCCAAUCGUUGAACUUUUUUAAAAGUUAAAAUUUGGUGUCAAUAUGUUGUAAAUAAUGUUUUUGUUACCACUGCAAAUAAAGUUAGACAGGA